CGACCUUCUUCCUUCUAUACCAUUCACAGAAUAAUACGGUUCGUUUCAAAUAUCCUUGCCUACGUGUUGCAAAAGCCCAAUUUUCAACAACCGAACACGUGCCUAUGUACGUGUACGGCUACCGGCAUAAAAAUGAGCUACGGUGGAAUAUCACGUCAGUACAACUGAACAAAACAGAUGAAGCUUAUCUGCAUAAUAACGAAUUCAGCGUCGGUAUUGAUCAUGGGGGACAAGUGCAUAAUGAAGUCUUUCAGGUUAUAUACACUGACUACGAGCACUGCAUUCUCUUUUGGAGCUCAAUGUUGGGCUAUCAAGUUUGGGUGGACUCGAAAUACCUGAAGACAAACAGAAAGGCGCCUUCACUUUGCUCGUUCUUAUACGAGUUGUUAGCGCCAGGCAAUAGACACGUGGUGUACAUGUGGAAGAAGUGCAUUUUGAAUUGAAUUGAAAAUGAACUGGGAUUUUCACAACUCCACAACAAC